AUGGAAGGAUCCGUAAAGACAGUACCAAAACAGAUGGAGUCAACAUACGUUAUGAUAAAGCCAGACGGCAUCAAAAGAAGGCUAGUUGGAGAGAUCAUUGGCAGAAUAGAGAAGAAGGGAUACAAUGUAGCAUACAUGUGCACCGAGUUUGCAACAGAGGACCUCCUUAAGGAGCACUACAACGAGCUGGUGAACAAGCCUUUCUUCCCAAGCAUAAUAAAGUACAUGACUAGCGGGCCUGUGCUAAAAAUGAUUGUGACCGGGCACGAGGUUGUGAAGGGCAUGCGAAAGCUUCUGGGCGCCACAAACCCCAGAGAGGCUGACCUAGGCACAAUCCGAGGGGACCUUGCAAACUGUGUUGGAAAAAACCUGUGCCACGCCUCUGACUCUGUCGAAAACGCAAAGAGAGAGAUAUCCAUAUGGAUAGGCAAGGAGUCUCUGGAAAAAGACUUUCCAAUGGACGACUACCAAAUGAUCUACGAGAAAUAA